AUGAUUAAAUACGAUCCCGAUGCCGGUACUUUUGUUAAGUUGGGUGGUUUUGGUUUGGCCACAAAACACAUGAAUGAUGGUCAAUCUCAUACCCAGUGCUCGGGUGUGGACGAGUAUUUGGCGCCUGAGGUCCGUCAGGGGCGCCGAUACGACACAAAGUGCGAUAUGUAUAGUCUGGGCGUUACUGUUCAGCAUAUGUUUAAUUUUGAUGCCAACACUUUGUUGUGA